AUGGGUCUUUUAGGGAAAAUGGGAUUGUCUGACUCUUCUGUGCCAGAUGAACCUCCGCCUUCGUAUGAUGAGAGUCAAAGCAAAUAUCAAAAGGCUUCAUCACCCCAAGCACCACCACUGCCACUAGAGGCAGAAGCAGGAUCAUCGACACAACCGCCCCCUCCGGUUGCUGGACCGAGCCAAACGCCAUCUAUCCCGAGACAGUUUCCACCUACAUUCAAUCUUUACUCUCAAGGCUGGCCAAAUGUCUCCUUCACACUUGCAGAGCAUCAACAACAGCCUCUCUACGUCUGCUCAGUGCACACUGGUCUAUCAGCUGCACCACCAGUCCUCUUACAUUCCGGCCCAGACGAAUCAUACCAACCACUUGCUUCGGCAAACUUUAUGCUCAUGAGUCUUUCCUUCGAAGUUGAACUCCCUCCUGUGCCAGGCUCAGGGGCUCCGCUAGCCCGUGAACGAAUUAUACCCGUGGGCUCUCACGGCGGUCUUAGUACUGCCUUUCGUUUCUCUAUCGAAGUCGGACCAGGCGGGAAUGGACCGCGGGAAACGUUUGAAUGGAGACGUUCCAGUGGUGAUGCUGUGGCAAGCUUGGGCGGCUACUAUCAUGGUUGGAAACUGGUUCGUUUGGCUCAAGGACCUCCACCAGGAGCCAAUCCAGGGUUUGUCCCAGGCGGCUUUAGGGACAGUAUGGGACACGAAGUCGUGGCAGCUUGGACCAUGGGUAAUGGGAGAAGUUUAACAAAGGUCGCACAUUAUCGCUUUAUGGGAACGGGUUUGACGGGUCUUUUAGGAGAGCGAUGGGCUAUCAUGACAGUGAUCACGGGGCUGACCCUGUUCCACAGAGACCAGAGAAGGUAA